AUGGGCACCCCCCGUCUCAGCGGCCUGGCGAGGCAGGCUCUGUCCCUCCACCGAGCGCUCCUACGCGCGGCGCGGCGCAAGUCUCCGGAGGCGCGAGCGGGAAUCGAGGCGGCCAUCCGGGCCGAGUUCGAGCGGCACAGGCACCUGGACCCGCGAGACCUGCAGGCGGUCGAACAUCGCAUACGCGCGGGCCGGAAGAAGCUCGCGCUCAUCGACGACCCGAACGUCGUGGCGGCGAGCGGGAUGUCGAGAUAG